CGAGGGUGACAGGAAACCCUGUGCAGGGAGCGCCGCCAUCUUGGACCAGCCCGAGGAAGAUCCUGAGGGAGCCGCCGAAGCAGUCACUGCUGCCGCCGCUACCGUCGUCCGAGCGUCUGCAACUCUUGAGGCCGUCCGCCUCCCUGCCGGGGCCUCGGCCGACCCGUGUCCCCGCCCCCCACCCACGUCCCGCGACGUCCGCACUCCUCUUCCUCGUCCUGACGCCCCCCUCCCGCCCGGAAAGCUGCCCAGCCACCAGCAACCCCCCAGUGCCACCAUGGCAACUGCACCGUACAACUAUUCUUACAUCUUUAAGUAUAUUAUUAUUGGGGAUAUGGGGGUAGGAAAAUCUUGCUUGCUUCAUCAAUUUACAGAAAAAAAAUUUAUGGCUGAUUGUCCUCACACAAUUGGUGUUGAAUUUGGAACAAGAAUAAUUGAAGUUAGUGGUCAAAAAAUCAAACUGCAGAUUUGGGAUACUGCAGGACAGGAGCGAUUUAGAGCUGUUACACGAAGCUACUACAGAGGAGCUGCGGGUGCACUUAUGGUGUAUGAUAUCACUAGAAGAAGUACAUAUAACCACUUAAGCAGCUGGUUGACAGAUGCAAGGAAUCUCACCAACCCAAAUACUGUAAUAAUUCUCAUAGGAAAUAAAGCAGAUUUGGAGGCACAGAGAGAUGUUACAUAUGAAGAAGCCAAGCAGUUUGCUGAAGAGAAUGGCUUGUUGUUCCUUGAAGCAAGUGCAAAAACGGGAGAGAACGUAGAAGAUGCUUUUCUUGAGGCUGCCAAGAAAAUCUAUCAGAACAUUCAGGAUGGAAGCCUGGAUCUGAAUGCUGCUGAGUCUGGUGUACAACACAAACCUUCAGCCCCACAGGGAGGACGGCUAACCAGUGAACCCCAGCCCCAAAGAGAAGGCUGUGGUUGCUAGUGACCUCUUUGCUCUGGCUCUCAUUUGACCUUUCACCUCUGUCUGUUGGAAGCAGUACUUUUUACUGCCUCAUUGUCUUCUGUACAUCUUACUGGGUUUAAUUAAAAAAAAAACAACAAAAAGCAACUCUUGUAAAAACAGUUUAACACAAUACUAAACUGCUAAACAACUAGAUGUAAUCAGGUUAUCAAAAGCAAGUAGAGUAAUAAAUCUCUCCUGCAUGGUGAAUCUAGACUUCUUCCCCCCUUGAUUGUCUUUGUGAUAGGUAUGUCACCAAUAUAUUUGAUUUAAACUGAGCACUGAUGCUGGACUUGAUUUUUAUCUUCCCUUUUAGCAAGGCUUUGUUUCAUUAUACGGUUUAAAUUUGGUCUCUUCAGUCUUUCUCCCCAUCUUUAAAACUGUUCAAGUAUGUCUGUGUAACCAGUAAGCUCAUUGCUGUAGAAUGACUUCUGAUGGUAGAGAGGGGCUGUAGCUACUUUGUUUUGUUUCUGUUGGGUAAGUUCCCUGUUGUAGGGGUGGCAUUUUUCUUGAUGAGGUUUGCUUCUUUCUUAGCCUUGCACAGAAAAAUAUCCAUUCUCUUUUCUCUUAUGCUUAAUAGCUUUAUCUUUUUUUAUACCAUUUUAUCCUUUUCUCUUUAACAGAAAGUAAAUAUGUAUAAAAUUUGAAGGAAUCGAACUAACAAUACCUUCUGUGUAUAUUAUUUUAAUGAAGAAAAUAAAUUGAUUACUGGCAUUGGAACAGUAUAAAAUACCAGUUUGUACAGUGUGACCUACAUGUGACCAUGUUACUCUUCCACUUCAUGCAAGAAAAUAAGACACAACUGCAGUUCACAAGUAGACUGGCUCCACUCCUUGCAGCAGCGUGUGGGACAUGCUGGAAAGAGCUGGUGUCAGUGGAUUAACACUAGCAGAUUCUAUUCCAUCUGUACACGGAGGCUUACCUGCUGAUUCUCUAAUUGUUUGUGCAAUCAACAAUGUGCUAACCUGCUUUUCUUUUUGUAAACAUUUUUGUGUUACAGGCUGCAUUCUUGCCUUACUGUAUAGAAAAAGGAACAAGGCUGGGUUUAUUAUUGCACAUUUUAAGCUUUUAUACCUUUAUCUUGGAAUAGUCAACUUCUGAACCAGAUAGCCAGAACCGCAGGUCUGCUGUUAAGGGAUUUUAAAUUGUGCAUUUUUUACACUACAAUGAAAUAAUUUAAUAUUAUCCCUUACAUUUAUAGUAUGAGGGAAUAUUUUAUGUCAUGUUGGCAUAAAUUGUCUUGUGAAAGGGAAAGUGUUUCUAAUGGCAUUUAGUGUUGUGCUGACACAACAUAAGUUACUACUUUGCACUGGGUGGUCUGGCUCCUGAAACUUGAGUUCUUCACUUCUGUUGAUUGAUUUCUAGCUGUUUAUGGUGGCCAGGAAUUGAGAAAGUUAUUUGAAGUCAAGUGUAGGAUAGGUAAGCCUGAGCAUAUUAUAUUAAUGCACUCAGUUUAAAUGUUGUGUUUAAAAUACACAUUUUUAAAUCCCGCUUUACAGACACUCAUGUAAAAUGACAUCUUUCUGGGUAAUAAACAUAAACGUGAUAGUUCCAGAGCAUUGUAUAGUCAAUGUUAUAUAAAAUCCCAAACUGGAAUGUGCAGAAAAUAGGAUUUGGUUUAUUUGUGGACUCAUCUUUUUGUCUUUGUUUAACUGAAAAGAAAUUCUGGUGUAGAUUGGUUUGUUCUGUUAAAGAUUUACAGUGAUUCAUUUUGCUUACACUGCUGCAUCAUAAGGGAUUUGCCCAGGGACCAUGACCUGCUGGUGUGUGUAUAUAUUUUCAAAAACAAAAUAAGCCACCCAUUGGGAUAUAAGGUAGCAAUCACAAACUAAGGACUGCAGCUUGUUUAGGUGCAAUACCCUGAUUCCCAAAGUUAGUUACAGUGGGUCUUAUUGUUUUUGUGACAGAAGGAUUUAUUCAGACUGCUGUACUCAUUUGAUGUAACAAAAUGCUAUUAAUCUAAAUAUUUGUAAAUAAAGUACCUGUAUCUAGAUUAAUUUGAAGUUGCUUGCAUUAUUUUCUGACCUAGAAUAACUUUUCUUCAGAUGAAUAAUUAUUGAUAUAAAUGUUAACGUUUAUUGCAGAACUGCUUAUUUUGAAGGUCUAUGUAUGUAGCAUACAAAACCACAUCACUAGUUGAGUUAGUUUAAUUCUUGUAUUUGCAUCAACCUUGUAGUAUGUUUUCAGUCAGCCAUUUGAGGUCAGCAUAUUUGGUGGCUAAUAAGUGUUCUCCUUUAACUGUACUUGGGGCCAAAAAUCUAUUAUUUGCAAGUGUAACCCCUGUAAUAAAUUUGGAUGCUUGAAAACCAGUAAAUUGUCAAAUUGUAACAUCUGUGCCAGAGGCAGUAACUUCACAAUGAAAUUCUUUCAAUUUCUCACCCAGGAGGACUUACUGCUUGUGCAGUCACCUGUUACUGAUUGCCUUGCACCACCAAGGAAGGUGUGUAACAGUAACUGGUGUUCAAGUACUAUUUAUGCAUUAGACCUUCCAGUACAAUGCUCAAGCAAAACGUUUUUCAUGAAUAAUAAAGUGUUUGAUGCAGUAA